AUGGUGGAGACCCGUUCCACCACCCACGACCUGGGUGGCUCCCCCUCCAAGCUCCAGGAGCAGCAUCAGAGCACAUGGAUCCGUGAGAAGGGCGGCCUCAAGGGCGCCAAGACCCAGGCCAGGAGCCUCGCGCAAGGCGGGCUGUCUGUCCCGCAGCUGUACGUGCUGCUGGGCCUGGCCUAUGCCCUCCUCUCCCUCCCCCUCAUGUUCGGCCCCCGCACCACCGCUCACUGGCUCUACGGCAGCGCGGCGCGGCCGGUGGAGGACCAGCACGGCCACACGCUGGGCCUGGUGGCCACGACCCUGGUCACCAUCGUCUCCGCCGCCUUUGCCCUCGAGGAGGCGUCGCGCAAGCACACCAAGCGCUCGGCGGGGCCAGAUGUGCUGCGCACCGGCCUGGCGGCUUACGCCCUGCUCUCCUUGGCCACCCACUUCUUCUACCCCGCCACGCUGAGCCCGCUGGCCGCCGUGCUGGUGCUCCUCACCCACGGCACCACCCUGGUCCUGCUGGCCAGCCAGGCCCGUGUGUCGCCCCCCGACAGCGCGCAGCGCGGGGCCCAGACGGUGGCGGACGGCGCGCGCGCCGCGCUGCGCCUGCCCCACGGCAGCAUCCUCGGCCGCCUCUACCUGCUCCUCUCCCUCGCUGCCCCGGCCCUGGGUGCACUGGUGGUGCUGGUGCCCCAGACCUCCCUCUAUCACACCCUGGGCUAUGUCUACGGCGCCUCUACCCUGCUCCCCUGGAAGCUGUUUGGCGUGGGCAUGCUCACCAUCGCACCCGCCGUCACCCUCACCCUCAAGGACAAGGCUGAGGCGGGACUGCUGAGCCGCAGCAUCCCGCGCACGCUCAACGCCGGCCUGCUGGGCGCCUCCCUGGGCCACCUCCUCAUCUUCGGCCCCAUCCUGGCCCAGGCGCACGGCGGCGCCCUGCUCCCCUUCAUCGUGCUGGGGGCCACGCUGGCCACCCUGACUGCCAUCCUGGGCUUCACCGCCCCCGAGCUGGAGGAGCUGGCGGAGGCCGCCCUGGCCGAGCCCGAGACGGAGGAGGCGGUGCACAACCCCAAGAUCUGA